AUGUCUCACGAAAAAGAAAUUCCACAAAGCAUCUCCGAGGCUUCCGAUAUUCCAAAACAAAAAUUGCAAGAACAACCUGGCCUACAAUAUGAGAUGAAGCCUCAGCCAUUGGUUCAUCAACUACCAACUGAAGAAGGCAGACUUAAAGAAUAUCUAGCAUCAGGAAAGUUGAAGGGUAAGAUUGCUCUUAUCACAGGCGGAGAUUCUGGUAUCGGUCGUUCUACUGCAAUAUUGUUUGCCAAGGAAAAAGCUCAAGGAAUUGCUAUCGUCUAUCUUCCUCGAGAAGAACGGGAUGCAAAAGAAACCAAAGAACUUGUUGAGAAACAAGGUGAUGCUCAAGUUUUAUUGAUCAGUAAGGAUGUUGGAUAUGAAAAGAAUGCUAUCGAAAUUGUUGACGAAGUUGUGAAAAAAUUUGAAAGAAUUGAUAUUCUUGUUAAUAAUGCAUCCGAACAGCAUGUUUGCGAGAGAAUCGAAAAUCUUGAAGCUGAUCAGAUUGAAAGAACCUUCAGAUCAAAUAUUUUUGGAAUGUUUUAUUUGGCUAAACAUUCCGUUAAGCAUAUGAAAGAAGGAAGCGUUAUCAUCAACUUGACUUCAGUUACUGCAUAUAAUGGUAAUCCAUCAUUGUUGGAUUACUCUUCAACUAAGGGCGCAAUCGUUUCAUUCACCAGAAGCUUAUCCCUUCAAUUAGCUGAUCGUUGUAUUCGUGUUAAUGCUGUUGCCCCUGGUCCAAUCUGGACACCACUUAUUAAAGCAUCAUUUUCACCUGAAGUAAUGGAAAAAUUUGGCUCUAGUGUUCCAAUGAAAAGACCUGGACAACCUUCUGAAGUUGCGACAUGCUGCGUAUUCCUUGCCAGUCAAGAUUCCAGUUAUAUGAAUGGUCAGGUUCUUCAUCCCAACGGAGUUGAUAAAGAUGUAUAA